AUGUCAUAUCACGCCAGUUGGAUAUUUCCUGUUCUAUUUACUUUUCUUCCAAUCAAUAGAAUAUGGGUCUUACUAACAAUACCAGCUACUUCAGUUACUAAAAAAUGUUCAAAAUAUUGUGGCCAUGGUCAGUGUAUGUCUUAUAUGAAUGACGAGAAAGAAUUUUGUCUUUGUAAUUCUGGAUGGUUCGGUGGUCAUUGCACAACAGCACUCAAUUGCAGUUGUUCACCUGAUUCACUUUGUCUUGGUGUCAUUCAUAAUCGAUCAAUAUGUCGCUGUCCAUUGCAUAAAACAGGAUUGCAUUGUCUUCUACCUUCUGCUUGUCAAACAGCACGAUGUGCCGAUGAUAAGCCUAUUUGUGUUCCGUUCGACGUAGGUGGUCAAAAAUCCUAUAAAUGUGAAUGUCAAGAAUAG